AUGGUGAUAAUAGAACUGCCGAGACUGCCGAGAAUGUGUGUCCCCCGAUUCCGAGACCAGCAAAAGGGACAGAAAAGCAAAAAGAUGAAGGGAUCUGAUAGGGAAGUAACAGAUGAGAACAUCCUCCAUAAAAAUGUGCUGUAUAAGCCGGAGAAGAAGCACCUCUGCAAGUACUUCGUGAAGAAUGCGUGUAUUCGAGGAAGCAACUGCACGUUCUCGCACGAUCUGUCGAAAUUCCCGUGUAAACUGUUCCACAUAAAGAAGAACUGCAGGAGGAAGAACUGCCAGUUCUCGCAUGCGCCAAUUUCCGACGAGGAAGUUCGGCAGCUUGUCUCUGACGGGUGGGAGCUCGAAAAAACAGAGAAAGAAGAAGUCUUUGUUUCCCCCUUCCUGUAG